AUGAAGUUCUCAAUCGUCGCCGUUGUGCUUCCCCUCAUCGCGGGCACGAGCGCUGCCCCGUCAGUUGUUGAGCGCCAAUCCCCUGCAUGCGUGGCCUACAGCGGCAAAUUCCCCCACGAGCUUGUCUGGGGGCAGUGGUUCCUUUGCUGCAACUACAAUGGUCCCGAUACCGCAACCUACCAGAACUGCUGCGACAGACAGGGUGCGGGAACUGGAAGCGGUUUCCCUGGGUGUGCUUAG